AUGCCAACGACGCGUCCCAGCACGGCGGCCACCAGCUUUUUGGACAGCAGGAGCAGACCGCCGAGCAGCAGCAGCAGCAGCAGCAGCAGCAGCAGCAGCAGCAGCAGCGACCAACAUGACCAGCAACAGCCACCGCCACCCUUCGAACAGGCCCACGAUGCCAUCCAGCAUGACGACGCGUCCCAGCAACACUACCCCCCAGACGCGCAACAGCAGCACCAGGAGCAGCAGCAACACCAGGAACACCAGGAACACCAGGAACACCAGGAACACCAGUACACGGACGAGGAUCGCGAGGCAGCCGCAGCAGCAGCCGCAGCCGCUGCUGCCGCCGCCGCCGCCGUCGCGUCGCAGCACGAGCAGCGUCACCAGCAGCAGCACGACGGCACGACCGAUCCUGACCUUCCGGCCUCGUCUUCGGCCGCCUUCGCCACCCCUUCUCGCCCGACGCCCUCGUCGCACGCAGAGGCGCAGGCUGCCCUCGCUGCGGUGGCGGCCGCCGCAUCCGCGGGCGGCUUCCAGCUCACUACGCCCGCGCACGAGGGGCCUAGCACCAGCUACCCUUCCAUCACCACGUCGUCGUCCCUCGCCCCCUCGACGCCCACCCCCUCGCCCUUUGGCACCCACCUCGGGCGCAACAAGGCCUGCCAGAGCUGCCGCGCCCGUAAGCUCAAGUGCGACGGCGAGAAGCCCGUGUGCGGGCAGUGCGCCAAGGCCUGGGCCAUCAAGUUCCGUGUCGCCCAGAACAAGAGCAAGAACAAGAAGAACAAAAACGCGCAGGACGAGCUGAGCAAGCUGCCGGACCACAUCCCGCCCUGCGACUACCUGCCCAUCACGCAGCGAUCGUCGUCGUCAUCGGCGGCGAAGGCAGGCGGCCAGCGCCUCUCGACACCCUCGCAGUCGGACGCCCACGCGGCCGCAGACGAGUCGACCGGCUCCCCCAUCACGGCCGCCAUGGGCAGGAAGCGCAAGCGCGGCGGCGGCGAUGAGAGCAACGAGCAGGUCCUCCGGAUGCAGCAGGAGAUUGAUGAGCUCAAGCGUCAGCUAUCCCAGGUCAGCGAGCUUGCCAAGCUGCCUGGCGCGUCGCGUCUGCACCAGGCACAGGCGUCGCUGGCGGGCACCAGCAACGCCGGACGUGGCGGACAGCGUCAUCCCUCCAAGGACGAGCUCGCUAUCGCCCACUUGCUCGCCACCAGCAUGCCGACCGGCGAGAACCACUCUGAAGGGCAGGUAUCGUCGCAGCCGCAGCCGACUCAGCCCUACACCGCCAACAUGACGUCGGCUCCCGGUGACCUCCCGCAGCAGCACUUCGCCAUCCAGAACGGAGGCGACGGCUCCUUGGGCAUCGAUGUCCUGGAUCCGGCGCUCGAUCCGGCGUUUUUCGCUCAGCAGGACCCGCAUUCGGGCGCGUUCGUGCCCUCCGCCACCACCGAAGGCCCUGCCCAUUCGCGCGAAGUUCAUGGCUCCAGCAACUUCCUCAACUCUACGACCGGCCGAAGCUCGUAUGCCGAUGAUGGAGCCUCGAACAUCGGGCACGGCGGCGGCGCCGAGUACGCCACGCCGCUGAUGGAGCUGAUGAUGUCGAGCUGGCCCGCCGAUUUCCCACCGCCGACCAUGGUCACCCUGCUCGUCAACGCCUACUUCCACCCGAGCUCGUCCCAGGGCUAUUCCGUCCACCCGGCCAAGUUCAUGCAGCGGCUCUCGCUGGGUCCGCAGCACCCUCUUUUCCCCAACCGGGGCGUGCUGCACUGCAUCUUUGCCCUGGUCUACCCGAAGGUCGCCGAGCGAGCGACGCAGCUGCCUGGCUCGAGCUUCGCCGCCUCAGUGGGCGCCAACCUGUCCGGCUCGAGCUCGGCCGAGAAGCUGAGCAACGCCAAGGCGGCCGCCGCCUUCCACGCCGAGAGAGCCAAGGUGCUCUUCAAAAAGGCCUGCAGCGACGCCAACUUCCUCGACGCCGCCCUCAUCAAGAUGAUGUUGUGCAGCUACCACUACGUCACUGACGAGUCGUUUGAUGCGUGGAUGACGGCGGGCGCCCUGACGUCGCUGGUCAAGGCCAUGGAGCUCAACCGGCUGCCCCCGGCCCGCUCGCUGGCCCAGGACGGCGGCGACCGGCAGGCGCACAAGCGGGGCGGCAAGCCGCAGAUCUACCGCGCCAUGUGCCUGCGUGCCACCACGGACGCCGUCGAGCACGAGGAGCGCGUGCGCCUCUUCUGGAACUCGUUCUACACCGACCGCAUGGCCUGCGCCUCGACCUACUGGGCCACCAACCUGGACGAGGCCGAGGUCUAUACCGAGCUGCCGGCGCCGUUUGAGGACUGGCUGCACCAGUCUCCGCAACUCAUCUACCGAGAGAGGCAGACGCUCCAGUCGCCUGACCUGUUCACCUCCAAGCACUGGGACCCUCUCGUCCUGCACGUCAAGGCGAUGAUCCUCCACUCCAAGUGCAUCACCUACAUUUCGCGGCUGCCGCUGGAUGCGACGGUUGAAGACACCAUGACGCCCGAGUUCCAUCGCCUCGACGCCCUCUGCAGCGCCUUCCUCGGCAGCUUCCCGGAGCAGUGGACGAGCCUGCAGCACUUUGACCCGGCGCUGCUGCCGGUGGACUCCGGCGAGCCUGACUUCCUCACCGACGGCAUCAACAACAAGGGCAGCGCCAAGGAGCUGCGGCCAUCGACGCCCAACCUCAUCGUGGCCCACAUGAUGAGCUACGGCGCCAUCGUCGCACUCCACGAGCCCGUCGCCGCGUUUUCUGAGGACUCGGCGAUCAAGUCGGCCAUGGCCGCCGACAACAUCAUGAACGUCGUCAAGAUCCUCAAAGCAGCCCGGAUCGAACCCGGCCAUGUCGGCAGCGCAGUGACGCUGGUGCUGGUCGAAUCUGCACGUUGCCAGGCGCGCCGCUACAAGGAGGCGCGCGCGCGGGCGCUGACCACCUACCUCCAGAUCCGUCGCAGCCGCCAGCAAGACUGGAUGCCGUCGUCGUCGGCCGCCAAGGAGCUCGAAGAGGAGAUGGAGGCCGAGAUGGAGUACGACCCGCUCUUGCAGUCGCAGCUCGACCCGGACGGCACGUUUGCCUCGCUGCGUGACGAUCUCGAGCUGGCCUUCUACUUCCUCGUCAAGUACGGCGAGGUGCUGGCACUCGGAGUGGGCCAGGCGCGCAUCGUCGCCAAGCUGCUGGGCAAGGACUUUUCGCCGGCGAUGGAGAAGCAGGGUCUCUUUUCGUCGCGCUCCGAUACCACGUCGCAGUCGGGCCGAUCCUCGACCUCUGGAUACAGCAUCUACCACGGCAGCGGCCUGGCGGGUCCCGUCGAUGCGCCCGGGCCAGAGAUGCCCAGCGUCGACAGGCGCGCCAGCGUCGGCGGCAUUGCCAACGGCUCGACCGCCUCGGCGAGGGACACCAACCACGCCUUUUCUAUCGCCUCGUUCCAUCCGGCCAACCUCGGAGCGGACAUCGAGGCCGGCGGUGGCGGUUCCGGCCGCGAGCGAAGGGCCUAG